CAAGAGUAAUUCAACGGAAGCAAACAACUUCUGCUUCCUUCCUUCCUCGUCUCCUUCAUUUCCUUCCUCUCUCCCACUCCAAAACUGACUCAGACAGUUCAUGAAGUGCCGAUCCGUGGCGUGUAUAUGGCCGGACACACCUCCAUCUCACAAAGUCACCGCCUCCGCCUCACUUAACCACCCGCCAACCCUUUACACUGGUGGAUCCGAUGGCUCCAUUCUCUGCUGGAACCUCUCUUCUUCCGAUUCCAACACGGAAAUUAAACCGGUUGCAAUGCUGUGUGGCCACGCUGCACCGAUAGCUGAUCUUAGCAUUUGUUGUCCCAUGGUGGUCACGGGAGAAGAUACCAAAACGAAAUGUUCGAGUAAUGGUGAUGGAAGUUCUGCUUCCGAUACUUAUGAUGCGUUAAUUAGUGCGUGUAAAUUUGGUGUAUUGUGUGUUUGGAGUAGAGGAAGUGGACACUGCCGGCGUAGAAGGAAACUUCCCCCUUGGGUUGGAAGUCCGUGUAUUGUUCGGACAUUGCCUACGAGUUCGAGAUAUGUGUGUAUAGGGUGCUGUUUUAUUGAUGCUGCUCAUUCAUCAGAUCGUCAUUCUAUCGAUUCUCUUGAAGGGGGUGAGGUUUCAGUGGAUAAAGGUUGUCUGCCCGGGAAACAUCCGAAGAGUACUGUUGUGAUUGUUGAUACGUAUAGUCUCACUAUUGUACAGUCUGUUUUUCAUGGGAAUUUAUCAAUUGAGCGAUUGGAUUUUAUGGAUGUAGUUUUGUUGGGUGAAGAUGGGGAGAAGCAUUCUGUUUUUAUCGCUGAUUCAUCUGGUAAGGUGGAAUUGGUUCCGAUCUUGAAGGAGUCAAAUCCAGUUGGUGAUGGUGGGAGUGGCUUGCGUAAGAGUUCUCAGUUGGAAGUGGUUAACUGGGGCAAUGGUUUGAGUAAAGAAGGACAGGUCGUGUCAAGUGCAACUCGUGGGAACCUUAUUGCUCUAGUGUUAAAAACACGUUGCAUAUUUAGGCUAUUGACCAGCGAAACUACAAUUGGAGAGACUUCUUUUGCUGAAGAUAUCCUUUGUGUCGAGGACCAUUUUGCCCAAUCACAUGUUUUGGGAGGCAUGUUUCUUGAAAUUGGUGAAGCUGGUGAAAUGCAGAGUGCCCAGGGCCAGCACGAUAAUUUCUGUGGACAUUUUGCUGUCUGGAAUAGUAGAGGUUCUGCUAUUGUAUAUAUUGUAUCAUAUCUGAACAGUGUAUUUAAAUCUGAAACUCUCUGGGAGAUUCCUGCUGCUUCUUAUCCUGCUGAUGUGAGAUUGUUGUUUUCUUUCAUUCAGUUGAACAAUUAUCUUCUUCGAAUUGAAUCUGUUUGCUUUGAUGACGAAGAGCCUUUACAGUGGAGACCCCAUGUCACAAUCUGGUCUCUAUGUCGAAAGCAUGAUAACCAUGGAAAGUCAUCCCAACAAUGCAAAAUGCUUGGUGAAAGCGAUUUUUUUGCUGAUUGGGUCUCAAACUCUAGCCUCCUUGGAAUUAAUAACCAAGGUGUCGGGAAAAUGAGGAUAACUUCUGCUCAAAGCUCUGUUCCAAAUUCAAGAACUGAAAAUAAUAAACAUGCUGAUGAAAGUUUUGGUUUUGUGUGCAACGGAAAAACUGUAUCCUCUUCCAUGGUUGUUUCUGAAAAUCAUUUUUUCCCUUAUGCUGUUGUAUAUGGCUUCUUUAAUGGUGAAAUAGAAGUUGUACGAUUUGAUAUGCUUCUUGAACCAGAUUCUCACGGUGAAAGUCCACGUAAUGAUGUAGAUUCUCCUGUAUCCAGGCAAUAUUUUUCAGGGCACACAGGCGCUGUGCUUUGUUUGGCAGCGCAUCGGAUGUUGGGUGCUGCCAGAGGAUGGAGUUUCAGUCAUGUUUUAGUUUCUGGAAGCACGGACUGCACAGUUCGCAUCUGGGAUCUUGACACUGGAAACCUCAUUACUGUGAUGCACCAACAUAUAGCUUCAGUGCGUCAAAUAAUCUUACCCUCAGCACGGACAGAACGUCCUUGGGCUGAUUGCUUUCUCUCUGUCGGGGAGGACUCAUGUGUUGCUCUAACUUCUCUUGAAACUUUGCGUGUAGAGAGAAUGUUUCCAGGGCACCCAAGCUAUCUUGAAAAGGUUGUGUGGGAUGGUGCAAGAGGUUACAUUGCAUGUCUCUGCCAGAGCCAUUUAGGAUUAUUUGAUACUGUCGAUGCUCUGUACAUAUGGGAUGUAAAAACCGGUGCCCGAGAGCGCGUUCUUCACGGAACAGCCUCUCACUCAAUGUUCGAUCAUUUUUGUAAAGAAAUCAGUGUGCAUUCUAUAUCUGGUUCUAUAUUGAAUGGAAACACUUCAGUGUCCUCAUUGCUUCUUCCAAUAAUUGAAGAUGAAACCUUCUCUCAAUCCCACUCAAAGCUUCUGCAGAAGAAGGUCAGCUCACCAAGAAUGAUGUCAAACAUGAAAAAUGCAAUGGACCCCACUGCUUCCCAAGGACAGGUCAAGAAAGGAAUAUUUCCAACCACGCCAUCUUUCCUACAAAUGAACAAGCAUGCCAUUGGAUGCACUUGCCCGUUCCCUGGGAUUGCAGCCUUGAGUUUUGACCUUGCGUCCUUGAUAUUUCCUUUUCAGAAACAUGAGCCGGCAGCUAAUGGUGUUGUUAAGCAAGAGAAUAUAGAUGUCAAGGAACAGGGAACUAGCACCCCAAGAACUCAUGAUAUGAACUUUGAUGGUGGUUCUGAUAAGAAUGGGACCUCAACUGAUACCAGUGAGGAGCAUGACUGGAUUAGGUCACUAGAAGAAUAUUCACUUCGAUUUAGCUUGUCAUUCUUGCAUUUGUGGAAUCUGGAUAGUGAGCUUGAUAAAUUGCUAGUAACAGAAAUGAAGCUAAAUCGGCCAGAGAAUUUGAUCAUAGCUUCUGGUUUGCAAGGUGACAAGGGGUCUUUGACCCUGUCAUUUCCUGGUUUGAGUUCUAUUCUUGAGCUCUGGAAAUCAUCAUCAGAGUUUUGUGCCAUGAGGUCACUUACGAUGGUGUCCAUUGCCCAACGCAUGAUUAGCUUGUCUCACUGCAGUUCACCAGUCAGCAGUGCCUUAGCAGCAUUUUACACUCGGAGUUUUGCAGACAAAAUUCCAGAUAUAAAGCCCCCUUUACUCCAGCUUCUGGUUAGUUUUUGGCAAGAUGAAAGUGAACAUGUACGCAUGGCUGCCCGCACUUUAUUCCAUUGUGCUGCUUCACGGGCUAUCCCACUCCCUCUAUGUGAUAAAAAAAUGAAUGCACACAGAGAACUUGUGAGAUCUUUGAGUGAAAUUAGAGACAAUGAAGCUGAAGUUUCAAAUGUAGGAGGGACAUCUACAAAUGAUUUGGCAUCUGACAUGUCACCUGAACCACAAGCAACCCCUCAGGCUGUAGAAUUUCCUGUCAAGUCACUGGAAAAACAGGGAAUUACUGAAGCAGCAAGAUCCAAAAUACUUGAUUGGCUAGAGUCAUUUGAAAUGCAAGACUGGAUUUCAUGUGUUGGAGGGACAAGUCAAGAUGCAAUGACAUCUCACGUCAUUGUUGCAGCUGCAUUGGCAGUGUGGUACCCUAGCCUUGUCAAACCGAGUAUUGCCACAUUAGUUGCUCAUCCUUUAAUUAAGUUGGUUAUGGACAUGAAUGAAACAUAUAGUUCCACUGCAGCAGAGCUCCUUGCAGAAGGUAUGGAGAGUACAUGGGAGGCAUGCAUUAGUUCUGAAAUACCUCGCCUUAUUGGGGAUAUAUUCUACCAGAUAGAGUGUGUAAGUGGUCAAUCUGCCAACUCUGAUGGACAUCAUUCAUCUGUACCAUCUUUCAUUCGAGAGACUUUGGUUGGGAUUCUUUUUCCAAGUUUAGCUAUGGCUGAUAUACCAGGGUUUUUAACUGUCAUAGAGGGCCAAAUUUGGUCUACUGCAUCUGAUUCGCCUGUUCAUCUGGUAUCCCUCACAACACUAAUAAGGGUUGUGCGUGGUUCUCCACGGCACCUGGCUCAAUAUCUUGAUAAGGUGGUUAGCUUCAUUUUACACACUAUGGAUCCUGGCAACUCAAUCAUGCGCAAAACUUGUCUUCAAAGUUCAAUGACAGCACUAAAGGAAAUGGUACAGGCAUUUCCUAUGGUAGCCCUGAAUGACACAUCUACCAGAUUGGCUGUUGGCGAUGCAAUUGGAAUGAUAAAUAAUGCUACUAUUUCAGUUUAUGACAUGCAAAGUGUGAGAAAAAUAAAAGUCUUGGAUGCAUGUGGACCCCCUGGUCUUCCAAAUUUGCUUUCAGGAGCAUCAGAAAUGGCAGUGACCACUGUAAUAUCAGCUUUGAGCUUUGCCCCUGAUGGAGAGGGACUGGUUGCAUUUUCUGAGCAUGGCUUGAUGAUAAGAUGGUGGUCACUAGGAUCUGUGUGGUGGGAGAAACUUAGUCGAAACUUGGCUCCUGUCCAGUGCACCAAACUGAUAUUUGUACCUCCAUGGGAAGGAUUUUCACCCAAUUCUUCUAGGUCUAGCAUAAUGGCAAGCAUAUUGGGGCAUGAUAACCAGGCCAAUUUGCAGGAGAAAGCCCGGGAUUCGACUUAUGCAGACAAUUUGAAAUUGUUAAUACAUAAUCUGGACCUCUCUUACCAGCUACAAUGGGUUGGCGAACGGAAGGUACUUCUAUCAAGGCAUGGUCUGGAGUUGGGAGCUUUUCCAUUGUAAGCAUCAUGUCAUCUCUUCACAAACGUCUGAUUCACUGAAAAAGAGAAAUAUCAAAUGAUGCGCAUUCUUAUGGGCAAAGCUUCCAGAAGGAUUUCCUACAUGGUGCCACAAACCGUGCUUCAGUUAGUCUCAAGAAGUGCUUCUGUGGACAGACAGAACAAUUUAGGUUUUCCUUCUCAAGAAGGAAAAUGCUCUUCUAUGGCUUCUUAUAAUGCUUGAAGCUUUCCUGCGCAGUUCUGGCUUCCCAGAAUAUCUACGGCUUUCAUGUGGCAUGAAAGUAUACACUAUUUACACUCUUGUUUCACUUUUCCUAACUCUUGUUUCACUUUUCCUAAAAGGAGGUACAUAUCUAGGCAGAAUGUAAGAAAUGGGGAGGAUAUUGCAGUCAUUUAUAAAUUCAAAUUUGCUUCAGAGAUUUUGUAUAGGAGUCGAAAAGUUAGAGAACUCGGUUGAAGAGAAACACUUCUGUAACUUGCUAUAAUUAAAAGAGUUCAUUUUCAGAA